AUGCAGGCGCGCGCGAGAGCGAGACAACCGCACGCUGGCUCCAUAUCCAGUAGAGACACUAGUGUAUUCUCUACAUCAUCAGGCGAAGGUGAUCCCUGUUGGCCAGGCUCUCGCACUGAAGAUCCGCGUGAUCUAGACGCAUUAUUGCAAUAUAUAGAAGGACCCGCGAGACACGUGGACAGAGGAAAGAAGAGGGCCAAGAAACAGAGACAGAAAGCUAAACGGACGGAGGCGCGUCUGUUGGAGGCGCGCGCCUCUAUAGCGAGCGGUUUGUCGCGCGCGCGCGGUGACGUCACGGCCGCGCGCGCCGCCCACCACGCGGCCGCCGCGCGGCUGCAGCACGCGCGCGCCGCACACAAACCGCCCACCAAACGGAACGGUAAAAAACAGAAAUUGAACCCCGCACAACAGGCCAAAGUACAAAUGGCAGCAGAACAGUUGGGCGAGCUGACCGCUAUCGCCAAUGCCACGGCUAAGGAAGUGUCAGCCGCUGAGAAACAAGUGACCGAGUGGACUCAACGUCUGCAAGAGUGCGAGAGACAGUUGGCGGAAGCGAGAGCGCUGCAAGGGAAGCCGUACCAACAACAGUUGCAACAGCAACAACAACAACAGUUGCAACAGCAGCAACAACAACAGUUGCAACAACAACAGUUGCAACAGCAACAACAACAGUUGCAGCAGAAGCAAACGGAAACAGACGUGGGAACAGGCUCUGGCACAUAUCAAUCAGCUAGCGAAGGGGACCAAAGAGAAGAAAAGCAGAAAAAGAAACAAAAAGAAGCACAGCAACCGAAGCAGAAGCAACGAGAGAAUCCUCCAUUGUCUAAGAAGCAACGGAAACUGCUCGCAAAACAACAGGCUGAAGAAGAAGAGAGAAAGAAGCAGCAGCAAGAAGCGAAACUGAAGAAGUCCGAAGCGAAGAAACAGGAGCCGGUGAAAGUUGAAACGAAGAAGGUCGAGAAGAAGCAGGAACCGAAGAAGGCGGAGCCGGUCAAAAAGAAAGAGGAGAAGAAAGAAAAGAAACAGGACAAAGAGAAGAAGGGGAAGGAGAACAAACAGGAGAAAAACGUGCAAUGAUGCUGAGAAGCCGGCUUCGUGCAGCAUCAUGGAGCAGCUCAGUUGCGGCGUGCAGGUGGCAGACCUAAAGCUACCGCCCGGUAUUACAUUGACGAGGGUACAACCAAACGAGAAGAAAGAGCCGGUACCGAUCAAAUCUGUGCCCGUAUGGAAAUGCAGUGGACUAGCGGCUGCACCCACUCCCCUAGCGAGACCUCCGCCCGUCAUCAACGCCGAUCCAGCAAUGAUGUGCUUCACCACAUCACAACCAGAACCACCUAAAACCAUAGUCAUACCAGAAACCGCUCCACCACCAGCGGCCAAAUCGAAGAAGUCCAAGAAGAAAGCCAAAAAAGUUCCCAACGACGUUGAGUCCAAACAGGAGACCAAAAUGGUCACGUUAAGGAACCCCAUGUUCCAUCCGAAUUUACCACCGGUCCAAAUAACCAAUGCUCCGGUCCAGAAGAAAGCGGAACAGAUCAGAAUACCAGACCCUAUACCGAUGCCACCGAACUCUUGCCAAGCUACCAUCACUCCUACAUCCAACGGAAUGUACACGAUAAGGAAUCCUCUGAUGUCCAUGAUGCAUCAGCAGUCGUUGAUGGGGAUCAGAGCUCAGACCCCCCAAAUCAACCCGAUGUACGGUCAGCAGUACAAUUUUGUUAAUCCCAACGUUUACAAUCCAGUGCAGACCGUGCCAAAUCAAUAUGUUAUCGAGCAACAGCCCAAGAAUCAAGACGAGAUGCAGAGUAGAAUAAUGAAUCUUGCAUCGUUCACACAGAAAAACGAUGAAGGCUACUCCCUGUUUAAAACGAACGAGGACAAUCAGCAGAGAAGUUUCUUGACUCCGGAGUAUUUUGUAGAAAAUCAGAGUCCGAAGCCGGUUGUAUCACCCAAUCCGAUUGGAACUAGACCGAGCAAUGAAUCUAAUCGAUCUUUCGAUUCGAACGAUUCAUCUCUCUUCGCUAAUCCGAUACAGAGACCGGAGCCUAUAGGGACUCCGUUGAAACGUGAAGAGGAACGGAACGAGUUCACCGGUCUUUAUACACCGUUCGGUCAGGAAGACAGGAAUGUCUUUAGGAACGCGUUGUUCAACAACAAGACAGAUGUUGGCGCCAACGUUGGUCGUAUGGACGAUAUGGGACCCAAUCAUUUGUCCAACGGGGACUCGUUGCCUUAUUUCCAACGUUUGAGGGUUGGUUCGAAGCUGAAUAACGAAGUGACUAUACACCAUGUGACCGAAUCUAAAUUCUACAAAGGGCAGGAACCGGAAGGGGUUUACGGCAGAUGGCCAUCGCACGCCCCACCAUUCCCCAAGUCCGGUCGUUCCUCCCGCGCGGGUUCCUCCCCCACGGGAUCCAGCGGAUCCCCAAUCGAUGACACCGGCUUCGGAGCCGUCGGGUCCAGGAAACAUCUCGCCCUCUCAAUGUGA